AUGAAAACCAUACACGAAGAAGCUAAAAUGUGUUACANAUCCAACCUUAAUAAAAUACAAACUGUUCAAAAUAAAAUCUUACGCUCCAUCACUAAUGCCCCCCCUUAUAUCUCUAAUUAUACUCUCCACUCUGAUUUAAAAAUGAAAACCAUUCACGAAGAAGCUAAAAUGUAUUACAAACGUUUUUUCAACAAACUGUCUGCUCACUCAAAUCUCCUGAUAUCCGGCUUAGCUACUCGCACAAUUCCUGGAAACCCUCCACGACGAUUAAAAAGAAACUGGUGUAGAGAUCUUCUAAAUGAAUAACGGGGGAAAAAAAAGAAAAAAAAAUUUUAAUAAUAAUUAAAAAAUAUAUAUAGUUGCACAUAUAUUUAAGCAAAAAGAAGUGCGAUCACUGGAUGGUUUCUUCCCUCACCCUAUUCAUGUUUAUUUUUAAUAUAAUGUAGCACAUAUUUUUAUUAUGCCUUUGGGUAUAGAUUGUAUAUUCUCUAAUAAAAUGUUAUANAGUAAAAAAAAAGGGUAACAAUACAGCUUGCAAACAAUCAAAUUGGAACAGGAAAUAAAAAGUUUAAUUUAAACGAAACGCAAAUAAAUUAAUUAAACAAAUCUAAGAAAAAAAAUGAUCAAGAUUAGAAUUUAAAUAUGAACAAAUUAAAUAAGGUGGAUUUCUUCCACUUCUUUUUGUUGGAAUAAGAGCUGCAAGUGCAUUAGCUGGGGGAAUAAGUUCAAUUACAAAUACUAUUAUAGAAACAAAACAUAAGAUAGUAGCGGUAAACGAACAAGAAAGACAUAAUAAAGAAAUUUAA